AAAGUUUGUAACAUAUUGAUCAGAAAAAUAGGCAUCUCUAUCCCUUACCUACCCCAUUAAGACCAUGGAAUGAUUAGUCCAGGUCAACUUUGUUGACUAAUACGGACAUUCAUCGUCGUUAGUGUCUGAAUUGGCUUGAUGUUGUUUGAUGAAAUUGCUCCAUGGUGAAUAUAUGGUUAGAUACUUACUCCAUCUCAGUCUUCAUUAUCAUAAUUUCAGUCAUCAUAAUGUUCUUUCUAUCUUCAUGACGUUUAUCUAUUUUUGUUCCACUGAUUCUCAUUUCUCACCUAAUCUAUUCCUCUUCCAUUCAAUGCUCCUGAAUUCCCUCAAAGCAAAAGCUCCCCUUGCUUCACCAACACUUCCCUCCCUCUCUUUCUCAUGACUUGCCUUUGUGGUCAUGUUACUGUUUCAGCUCUAGACUCACUUUAAACGUUAUUAUACCUGUUAUAGCUUUUUCUUAGUUUCUUUGAUCAUCUCUCUCUGUUUGUUUGCUCUAUGGAAUCUCUGAAACAAGCUUCUUCUUCUUCUGGGUUCUGCUACCAUCAAGGCUUCUCAGGUGUUCUCCAAGUGUUUGUUCACAACGCAAGAAACAUCCACAACAUCUGCAUCUACGAUAACCAGGACGUCUACGCCAAAUUCUCUCUUACAUACAAUCCUGAUGACACCAUCUCCACCAGAAUCAUCCACAGAGCUGGCAAAAACCCUGAAUUCAACCAGAAGCUUAUGAUUGAUAUGACUCAGAUCGAUGCUCAUGCUGCUGUCCUUAAAUGUGAGAUCUGGAUGAUGAGCAGAGCCAGACAUUACAUGGAAGAUCAGCUUCUUGGUUUCGCUCUUGUCCCGAUCUCAGACAUCAUAGGUCAAGACAGUCUCACUCAAGACUACAGUCUCUCCUCCACUGAUCUCUUCCAUUCCCCUGCUGGUACCGUGAAGCUCACUCUUUCCAUUGUCAACCCUUCUUCUUCAUCCGCAUCUAAUGUCAAGAUUAACACCACCUCGAUUUCUUCCGAGGUUGUGUUGCUUGACCCUCAAGUCUCUGAAACAGUGGACUACACGAGGAUUGAGUUCCCUGACAUAAAUGUUGUUAACGAGAACAAACUGAUGGUUACAGAGUACUUCAAUGGACCCGGAAGCGCUUCAUUUCUCUGUCUCGGCUCAACACAUGGACCAGAAACGGACAUAACAAUGGUAUGCUCGGAUGAGAAAGAGGUUUACGGCGGGAACGGAAGUUUUAUGGCUUCUUCUUCAACAACAACAAGCUUAAGCGACGAAAAGAACACAGCAGAUUCAAACGAGAAAGAGAAUCAAGAGAUCACAGAAGUGUCAAGAAGACGAAGAAGCAACAAAGAAGGUGAAGAAGAAGGAAAAGAAGAAACAAAGAUGAAUGAGGAAACAACAAUGCAGAAACAGAUAGCUGAGAUGUAUAUGAGAAGUAUGCAACAGUUCACUGAGUCUUUGGCAAAGAUGAAGCUUCCCAUGGAUCUCCAUAAUACACCACACGAGGAUGAUCAGAAUACUAAUAACAACACUACAACUCAGAAUCAGAAUCGGAAUAAUAAUGCUCCUAAUAAUAAUGGAAUGGAGAAGAAAAAAGAAGGGUCUCGUGUCUUUUACGGUAGCAGAGCAUUCUUUUAAUGGUGUUUUGUAUCAAGUAUCAAGAACAACAUUGCAAAUAAGUUGUUUUAAAUGUGUGUUUAGCUUCUA